GUGAAGGCAUGACGUUGAGCCUCCUCUCCCUCUUGUCCCAGGACAUCACGGCCCUGUGGCUCCUGCUGAAGGCCCGCUCAGAUGAAAUCAUGCACCAGGACAUCGUCCCGCUCUGCGCGGCCGACAUCCAGGAGCAGCUGAAGAAGCGCUUCGCUUACCUGUCCGGUGGGCGGGGCCAGGACGGCAGCCCGGUCAUCACGUUCCCUGACUACCCAGCCUUCAGCGAGAUCCCGGACAAGGAGUUCCAGAAUGUCAUGACCUACCUCACCAGCAUCCCCAGCUUGCAAGAUGCUGGGAUCGGAUUCAUCCUGGUCAUAGACCGAAGGCAGGACAAAUGGACUUCCGUGAAGGCGUCGGUCCUUCGCAUAGCCGCAGCGUUCCCAGCAAACCUGCAGCUGGUCCUGGUUCUCCGGCCCACGGGAUUUUUCCAGAGGACUCUGUCAGACAUUGCCUUCAAGUUCAAUAGAGAUGACUUUAAGAUGAAGGUUCCGGUCAUAAUGCUAAGCUCAGUACCAGAGCUGCAUGGCUACAUCGAUAAGUCCCAGCUGACUGAGGACCUCGGGGGGACCCUGUCCUACUGCCACUCCAGGUGGCUGUACCACCGCACGGCCAUCGAAAGCUUCGCCCUCAUGGUGAAGCGGACGGCGCAGAUGCUGCAGACCUUCGGGACUGAGCUGGCCGAGACCGAGCUGCCCAAUGAUGUGCAGUCGACCGGGGCGGUGCUGCGUGCCCACACGGAGAAGAAGGGCAAAGCGAAGGAGGACCUGCAGCUGGCGCUGAAGGAGGGGAAUAACAUCCUGGCGAGCCUCAGGGAGCCGCUGGCUGAGAGCACGGUGCUCAGCGUGAACCAGGACCAGCUGGACAGCCAGGCCACAGUGCAGAGGCUCCUGGCACAGCUGAAUGACACCGAGGCUGCCUUCGACGAGUUCUGGGCCAAGCAUCAGCAGAAGCUGGAGCAGUGCCUACAGCUGCGGCAUUUUGAACAGGGUUUCCGGGAGGUCAAAGCUGCCUUGGACACAGUGUCCCAGAAGAUAGCCACCUUCACCGACGUUGGCAACAGCCUGGCACAUGUGCACCACCUGGUGAAGGACCUGGACAGCUUCGAGGCGAAGUCCAGUGUGGCUGUGGACAGGGCCCGAGCUCUGUCCCUCGAGGGCCAGCAGCUCAUUGAGAACAAGCACUACGCCGUGGACUCCAUUCAGCCCAAGUGCCAGGAGCUUCAGCACCUCUGCGACCACUUUGCCGCCGAGAUCAGCAGGAGGAGAGAGCUGCUGAGCAAGUCCCUGGAGCUGCACAGCCUCCUGGAGAUGUCCAUGAAGUGGUGCGAUGAAGGCAUCUACCUGCUGGCCUCGCAGCCCGUGGAUAAAUGCCAGUCCCAGGACGGUGCUGAGGCAGCUCUCCAGGAGAUCGAGAAGUUUCUAGAGACUGGUGCAGAAAAUAAGAUCCAAGAGCUCAAUAAAAUUUACAAAGACUAUGAAUCUAUCCUCAACCAGGACCUAAUGGAACACGUGCAAAAGGUCAUUCAGAAGCAGGAGAGCAUGCAGGACAUGUUUCACCGCAGACAGGCCAGCCUAAAGAAGCUGGCGGCCAAGCAGACGCGGCCUGUGCAGCCUGUGGCCCCCAGGCCGGAAGCACUCACCAAGUCGCCCUGUCCCUCCCCAGGCACCUGGCGGGGAUCCGAGAAUACGAGCUCUGAGGGCAGUGUGGUCCGGAGGGGCCCCUACCGGAGGGCCAAGAGUGAAAUGAGUGAGACCCAGCCAGGCCGGGCCAGUUCCACAGGGGACGAGGAUGAGAGCCUGGCCGUCCUGCGCAGACACGUGAUGAACGAACUCCUGGACACAGAGCGGGCCUAUGUGGAGGAGCUGCUCUGCGUUCUGGAGGGCUACGCCGCAGAGAUGGACAACCCCCUGAUGGCUCAUCUCAUCUCCACGGGCCUGCACAGCAAGAAGGACGUUUUGUUUGGGAACAUGGAGGAGAUCUACCACUUCCAUAACAGGAUCUUCCUGCGGGAGCUGGAAAGCUGCAUGGACUGCCCGGAGCUGGUGGGGAGGUGCUUCCUGGAGCGGAUGGAAGACUUCCAGAUCUAUGAGAAAUACUGUCAGAACAAACCACGCUCUGAGAGCCUGUGGAGACAGUGCUCCGACUGCCCCUUCUUCCAGGAGUGCCAGAAGAAGCUGGACCACAAGCUGAGCCUGGACUCCUACCUGCUGAAGCCUGUGCAGAGAAUAACCAAGUACCAGCUGCUGCUCAAGGAGAUGCUGAAAUACAGCAAGAACUGUGAGGGAGCCGCAGAUCUGCAGGAGGCGCUAAGCUCCAUCCUGGGCAUCCUCAAGGCCGUGAACGACUCCAUGCACCUCAUCGCCAUCACCGGCUAUGACGGAAACCUCAGCGACCUGGGUAAGCUGCUCAUGCAGGGCUCCUUCAGCGUGUGGACCGACCACAAGAAGGGGCACACCAAGGUGAAGGAGCUGGCCCGGUUCAAGCCCAUGCAGAGGCACCUGUUCCUGCACGAGAAGGCCGUGCUCUUCUGCAAGAAGAGGGAGGAGAGCGGCGAGGGCUACGAAAAGGCCCCAUCCUACAGCUACAAGCAGUCCUUGAACAUGACGGCCGUUGGCAUCACAGAGAAUGUGAAAGGCGACGCCAAGAAGUUUGAGAUCUGGUACAACGCGCGAGAGGAGGUCUACAUCAUCCAGGCACCCACUCCUGAAAUUAAAGCAGCUUGGGUGAGUGAAAUCCGGAAAGUGCUGACCAGCCAACUGCAGGCCUGCAGAGAAGCCAGCCAGCACAGGGCCCUGGAGCAGUCCCACAGCCUACCUCUGCCUGCACCAGCCAGUACCAGUCCCUGCAGAGGAAGCGGCAGGAGCGCCCGGAGGCCGGAGGACAGGAAGACGGACGCGCUGAGCUUGGAGGGCUAUGUGAGCUCGCCGCCGGCCCGGCCCCCUGAGAAGGGCAGAGCUUCUCCAACCAGUCCUGACAAAAAAGCUAAGCGACAUGAAGUAAAGAGCGACCCGACUCCCUUUGGUUUACGAGGCUGGAGCAAAACAUCCCACUCCCUGGAGGGCCCCGAGGACGAGGGCGGCUGGUCCAGUGCCGAGGAGCUUGCCAACUCCUCCGACGCAGAGGAAGAUGGCGGCCUUGGACCCACAAAGUUGGUGCCGGGGAGAUACACGGUGGCAGUGGACCAUGAGAAGGGAGGCCCGGAGACCCUCACCAUGAGAAGCGGGGACCUGGUGGAGGUGGUGGAGGAGGGCGCCCAGGGGCUCUGGUAUGUCCGGGAUCUGACCAGCAGCAGGGAGGGCUGGGUGCCGGCCAGCAGCCUGUCCACUCUCCUGGGCAAGUCCAGUUCAGCCCAGUGUCUGAGCAGCUCAGAGUCAAGCCCGGGGUCGGCUGUGCUGAGCAACUCGUCCAGCUGCAGCGAGGGCUGCCCCGCGCCCUUCCCUGGCGUCCAGGCGUAGCGAGCCUCCGGGCACCUCUGCCACCCUCGGUAGGCCCGCAUGCCAGUGUUGAGGUUUUCUCUUGCUUGGGUUUGCCAAGUUUGGGGAGGGUCCAAAAUCAGGAGAACCCAGACAACCCUUGAGCCAAAGGGAUCUCGGACCUCAGCACCAGGACCCACCUGGAGCAGAAGCCAGCGCCAGCUCCAGCUCCACUUGGGCUCCGGCUCCAGGAGGCAGACACCCACCAGAGCUUCCACGUGGACAGGAAGGGCUGUGGUGAUCCGCCCUGCGGCCAUGGGCCCUGCGCAUUCCGGGGGCCUCCGCUGAGCAGCCUCUCCACAGCUACCUGCUGUCUCUGGUUUGGUGCUCUCCAUGGGAUGGCAUUCGCAGGAGGAAGGGUCAGGGGACUCUGGUCUUUUAUAGGUUUUUGAUUUUUUUACACGGGAAUUACUCCAUGGCCAUUUUUGUGGUACUUUGGCCUCGGCUCUUUACCAAGAAUCACUGUGUUUACAUGCAAUGACAAUUUGAUAUUGUAUUUGAUAUAAAACUAUUUUUUGUUACUGGGGUUUACUUGGAAGCACGCUGUUUAUUCCGCUCAGUGAUGUGGGGACAUGCUGGGGGCGCCUGGCACGGCGGCCGGGGUACCGCUGCAGCCACACCACGUCUCUGGGACGAGCGCAGUGGGCCACGGAGGUCCUCGCACCUGCAGACGGUUCAUUUCCACCUGGAAGUUCAGACUCUAAUUUAAAAUCUUAACCUUCUUUUCUACAACAAAGGUUUUUUUUAAAAAGCUCUUCAUGGAAUUAGGGUAUUUUUAUUGUUUUUAAAGAAAAUGUAAAGAUGCAGUCUCGGUGAGGCUUCUGGAAGCCGCUGCAUCACAGGUGAGCACGGCUCGCCUGCGUCCCGUCCCGGGAGCCACUUGCCAUCUGCAGCAGCACCGCCCAGCACCGCCAGAUCCACCGGGCCACACCGAGGCAGGCGGAGUGCAAUGCUUCCUCCGGCCUCCGUGUUUGGAAGGCGCACGCUGUGCCUGUUGGGACAAACGGUUCCAUGUGUGUAGAUAUGUCCCGUGUGUACAUAUUGCUGGUGUAAAGGAUGUAUUUAUCAUCUCAUGCUGCUGAAUGUCUGUCACUUUACAGUCCCUCUCUGUCCCUUCUGCCACUGGACCACUGUAGCUCUUCCCUCCCUCGCCCUGCCCCCCUGAUCCUUCCCCCCUGCCCUUGCCCUGGCCUGCAGAGCCGUCCCUGGCCAG